UGACAUUUCACCGCAUCUUGUCAAUUCUUUACAGACUUAAGUUUGUAGCAAGUUUAAAUUUGCGUAAUUCGUUCAGUAAAAAUUAUAUUUAUCUGUUUAAAAAAUGUCGGCUACAAAAACCAUGCGUGCAUUGCUGGAUCAAUUACGCCAUUCAUUGCCAAGUGGUGGCAUAAAACAUUCCUUGGCAGUGCGUUACAUAUUGGCUCAAUACCAACUAUUCCGUACCACGGAUCAACAAUUAUGUAAAGCAAAGGAUGAAGCAUUAUUCUUGGGUAGAACAUAUCUGACUUAUCUGGCUAGCAUACGUAAAUAUAAUGAACUACAUAAGGAGUAUCAUGGACGUGGUGAGAGAAGCGUUAAAGAAACAGCAGAUAUGGUUGGCUUUAAAUUACCCACUGAUCCAAAGUAAUUCCGAUAUUU